AUGGAUGAAUGUCUUGAAACCUUGAAGGAUGAAGAGGAAGCUCUAUGGGAGAACGUUGAAUGCAACCGUCACAUGUUGACUCGUUACAUCAAUCCUGCCAAGCUGACCUCUUAUUUACGUCAGUGCAAAGUCAUUGAUGAGCAAGAUGAAGAUGAGGUCCUUAACUCCCCGAUGCUCCUCUCCAAAAUCAACCGAGCUGGUCGUCUGCUGGACAUCCUUCAUACAAAAGGAGAAAGGGGCUAUGUGGUUUUCUUAGAAAGCCUCGAAUUUUACUAUCCUGAACUCUACAAAUUAGUGACAGGGAAGGAACCCACACGACGUUUUUCCACUAUUGUUGUAGAAGAGGGACAUGAAGGGCUCACUCACUUUCUGAUGAACGAGAUCAUAAAGUUGCAGCAACAAGUCAAAACAAAGGAUGCCCAGCGCUGUGAGCUCUUAGCCAAAUCUCGCCAGAUGGAAGAUGAGAGGAAGCAGCUGAAACUCAACAAAAUUGAGCUGCUAACAUUCCAGGAGAGAUACAACAGAAUGAAAGAAGAGAGGAACAAUUACAAUGAUGAGCUUGUCAAGGUGAAGGAUGAGAACUAUAACUUGGCAAUGAGGUAUGCCCAGCUCAGCGAAGAGAAGAACAUGGCGGUGAUGAGAAGUCGAGACCUGCAGCUAGAGAUUGACAAGCUGAAACACAGGUUGAACAAAGUGGAAGAAGAAUGCAAACUGGAGAGGAACCAGUCUCUGAAACUCAAAAAUGAUAUUGAAAACCGACCGAAGAAGGAACAAGUUCUGGAACUUGAGCGUGAAAAUGAAAUGCUGAAGACCAAAAUUCAGGAGCUGCAGUCUAUAAUCCAGGCUGGGAAGCCUAGUUUGCCAGAUUCUGACAAAGCCAUUUUGGAUAUCCUAGAACAUGACCGCAAAGAAGCUCUUGAGGAUCGCCAGGAGUUGGUCAACAGGAUCUUUAAUCUCCAGGAAGAGAUCCGUCAUGCAGAAGACCUCCGAGAUAAGUAUCUUGAGGAGAAACAAGAAUUGGAGUUAAAAUGCUCAACUCUGGGGAAAGACUGUGAGAUGUACAAGCAUCGCAUGAAUACGGUCAUGAUACAGCUGGAAGAAGUGGAGAAGGAGAGGGAUCAGGCAUUCCAUUCACGUGAUGAGGCCCAAAUACAAUAUUCCCAAUGCCUGAUUGAGAAGGACAAGCACCGGAAGCAGAUUCGGGAACUGGAGGAAAAAAACAAUGAUCUGCGGAUUGAAAUGGUCCGGAAGGAAGCAAGCAUCAUCAACCUGGAAUGCAAACUCAGGCGCCUCUCGAAGGACAACUGUUAUGACCAGAGUUUACCACGGAAUUUGCCAUUCACUGUGAUUUCUCAGAUGCUAGAAACCCCCAGACCCAAAACCAAUGGCCAGGAGGCGGAUGAUUCCUCAACUUCUGAAGAGUCCCCUGAAGAUAGCAAGUUCUUUCCCUUGGAUCCACCCCAGUUUAGGAGAAGAUUAAAUAUUAAGGGCUUCCAGCCGCCAAGAACAAAAUCCCCCAUCAGUACGAAUAAGGCAUCAGAUUUUCAAGCAGUUCGAAGCCACGAGGAAGACAAGAAUGAUGCCAGCCACAGCCACACAGAAGCUCAUCCCACGUCCAUCAACAGUUCAGUGGGCAGCUGCGAAGUUAGCAAAAUUCAAACCUUGAGAUAUCGCUGCGCCAGCAUUAUGUCCACUACCCCGGAGCCUCCAGGGAAUGACUCUAUCCUCCGACGUAACAAAGAUGUCCCUCACUCCAGUUUGACUGAAGAAGACAACGACAGCUUUGGCUGUGAUGCUUUGGAAUUAGAAGAUGAUGUCCAUGACAGGUAUUCCUCACUACCUUCCUCCUCAUCUUCCCACCAUUCUGAAGGGCUGGACCUAGAACAAGUCAAUUCCAUCUUCAGGAAGUUCUCUCUGGAAAGGCCGUUCCGCCCCUCUGUGACAUCUGUUGGACGCCUCCAAAAUGUCUUCCAUGCCGUCCAGCAAAUAGUUGUCAAUGGGGACAGUCUGAGCUCAGAGAUCACUUUGCUGGGAGGGAACGUCAAAGGAAGCUUUGUCCACUCGGUGAAGGUGAACUCCCCAGCAGAGAAAGCUGGCCUCCGGGAAGGGUACCAACUGCUUCUGGUGGAGGGUUGCAUCAGAGGAGAAAAUAUGAGCGUUCCCCUGGAUACUUGUACAAAGGAAGAAAUUCACUGGACGAUUCAGAGAUGUAGUGGACCAGUCACACUGCACUGUAAACCAAAUCAUGAGGGUUAUCGGAAGCUGCUGUUGGACAUGGAAGAAGGGCUGAUUACCUCCGGGGACUCCUUCUACAUCCGGCUCAACUUGAGCAUCUCCAGCCACCUGGAUUGCUGCUCCCUCUCGGUGAGAUGUGACGAGAUCCUGCACGUCCUUGACACCAUGUACCAGGGGAAGUGUGAGUGGUUUUGUGCCAGAGUGCAUCCCGUCACCAACAAAGACGAGGAAACGGGGACGGUCCCCAAUUACAGCAGAGCCCAGCAGCUGCUCUUAGUAAAACUCCAGCGACUUAUGAACAAAGGAAACAAGGAAGAAGCAGACAGUGGCUAUGGGAUGUCACGGACUAUGCUGCAGCCAGACGAACUCACAUCCCCCAGUGACUCCAAAACCAGCCCUCGCCUCUCCCGAGCCAGUUUCCUUUUGGGCCAGAUCUUGCAGUUUGUCAGCAGGUCUGAAAACAAAUACAAGCGCAUGAAUAGCAAUGAGCGGGUCCGCAUCGUCACUUCAAAGGAUACCCGGGUCAAAUCGGAAGUGCACCCAGUGACAAAGGCUCUGCUUGAAAGAUUUGAAGAGUUUGAUUCCGUGACUGAGAUCAAUAAGAGCUUCAGCCUGAUCCCAUACAGCUUAGUGAAACCUACCCACUGUGAUUGCCGCCGCCCUGUCCUGUUCAGCCCCACGAUGCUCGCCAAGACCUUGAUUCAGAAGCUUCUCAACUCUGGAGGAGCCCUGGAAUUCAACUUAUGCAAACCAGAUAUUAUAACCAAGGAAGAAUUCUUCAGGAGGCAGUCCACAGAAACAAUAAUCUAUUCACGAGAAAAGAAUCCACACACUUAUGAAUGUAUUUUUCCAGCAAAUAUCGGGGCUGUUGCUGCUAAGAACAAACACUGCUUGCUUGAAGUUGGCAUCAGCUGCACCAAAGAUUUAAUCAAAGCCAAGAUAUAUCCCAUUGUUCUCUUUAUUAAAGUCUCAGAAAAAAAUAUCAAGAAGUUCAGAAAGCUGCUACCAAAACCAGAAGUGGAGGAUGAAUUAUUACGGACGUGCCGUCAGAACGAGAAAGAACUGGAGGGCUUGCCCUGCCUUUAUGCCUCGUUGGAGGCUGAUUCAUGGAGUAGCAUUGAAGAUCUUCUUCGGAUCAUCAAGGAUAAAGUUUGGGAAGAACAGCAGAAAACCAUCUGGGUUGAUGAAGAGCAGUUGUGAAUCACAGAUCCCACUGGUGACAUGGGAUCCUGCUGGCAACAUAACGAAGCAAUACUCAAGAGGAGAGAAGGGUCUUCAGUGAAGCCUGCAGCCUUUCUUCUCUCUUUAUCAGAUAUCUGAGAUUCUCAGCGACAGGUAGAACGUUGAGUGUGAAAGAAUGUUUGAAAAAAAGAAGAAUGUAAAGGUUGAACCAUGACAUUUCUAAUGGGUACUUUGGGGUAUGGAACUGGAUUGUUCUCCCAGGGAGCUUGGCUCCAAUGCUGUAGUGUCCACCAUUUCUGGAACAAUAGCUACUGAAGAUCAGAAGUUUCAAAAAAGACAUUUUGAAGUAUAAACCUGGAACUGCAGGGUCUGAAAAUGGACAGUGGGAGGGUCACGGUGAAGCAUUUCUGACAGUGGCCAGGGAAGGCAUCAGCUUUUCUCAUUGCCAUCUCAUGGAGAGAUGGGUUCAACUGUCCUCAGAUCCGCCAAAUUGUGUGUCAUGAGAGAGAACUCAAAGUGAGUCUUGCAUCUUCUAUUCUCUAUGAAGCCAAUACAACUUAGGAAAGGGGAAACCAUUUUCCCUUUGAGAUCAUAAGAACAGUCUUGCUGGGCCAGAUUAAAGACCAUCUGGUUUCUCAACCAGAUGCUCUAAGGAGGCCACAAGCAGGAUAGUAAUCCAGAAGCUCUUGUUUUGGCUACCAGGACUGAAAACCGCAGUUAACUCUAUCCUUCCUGAGCCAUUUAUUUUUUUAUUCCAGAUGUCAGUAAAGUUCCCUUAGGAUCAGGGAUGACUCUUACAUAUGGCUCUUGAAUAUUCUCUAUUCUGUAGCUUCAGGGGUCAGGGCACAGCAGCGAUUUCAGUAGGAUAGCAAUGUUUUCUAAAAAAAAAUAUUUGGGUUGUGCGAAUGUUCUUCUUUUAUUCCCCUUCCUAUUUGUAUCUUCCAGGGGCUAGUUGGGUUGUUCCUUCAGCCUCUUUUCCCCACUCUAUCCCUUGCUACUACUACUGCCCUCUCUUUAAGUGAUCCCACCCUAUCAGGGAUCCCAGCAGUCGAAGAGGCCACCGUGUCUCUAAGCAGUUGGCAGAGAAUGGUGAUGGGCAAUGGUUGAGGGCUACGGAAAGUGGAAGCUGUGCAAAUAGGUUGGUGUUCCCUCAAGCAAUGUCAGAAGUUUACCAAGAGGGCAGCUUCUCCUCAGUGCUACUAAACAUGUUUGCAGGAAACAGUUGAGUAAUUUUGCCCAAGCUCUCCUGUUAAAUCAACUCUAAGUCCACUGAGGAGCUAUGUCCUUAGCCAUCUGGAGCAGGAAAGACCAAACGACGCUGCCAUGCGUUUCUGUGUGCCCCUGGGCCUCAGUGGGGGCUAGCAUGGGGCGAAAAUAAAUAGAGUUUGCACAGCUGUGCCAGCAGAUUGUGUCCUCAGCCAGCUGCGGCUGAGCAUCUUCCAUAUCUAGCCCUUUGAAGAAUGUAGAUUGCCCAAGGCUUAGGGGCUGGUGGUGGCCACCGGUCCCCUACUUGGAAAUCUUCAAUUAAGUGGCAAAUUCUUCCUCAUACCCAUUGCAAACUGCCUUGUCACUUGACAUCUUUUUUUCUAUAAAGACAUUGAUGAGCACAUGAAAACCAUCGUCUUUCUCUUUCUCCAUU